CAUACAGCAAACAUCUUCAAGGGAAAGUAGAAAGUGUGCAGUGGAAAGCUGGCUAGUGAGGUUCAUCAGCUUUAGACAGGAGUUAAUGGGAGUUUAGACAGGCGUUAAUGAGCUUUAGUAUGGGAGUUAGACAGGCGUUAAUGAGCUUUAGUAUGGGCAUUAGACAGGCGUUAAUGAGCUUUGUGUAUGGGGCAGUUAGACAGGCGUUAAUGAGCUUUGUAUGGGCAUUAGCGUUUUUAAUGAGCUUUAGUAUGGGAGUUAGACAGGCGUUAAUGAGCUUUAGUAUGGGCAUUAGACAGGCGUUAAUGAGCUUUAGGCUACGUUCACACUAGCCUU